CCGUACGUAUCGUUCUCAGCGUUCAGUAGACGAUGAUCAGUCGUCGGCGUCGGGUCGAAUCGAAUCGAAUCGUUCGAACAUCUGCGAACCAUGAGUACCAUGCGGUUGGUAUCGUCGCUGUUGCUCCUGCUGGUCGUCCAAACGAACUCUUUGAACCCGGACCACGGUCCCUGGGUACAGGCGACUCGUGGCGAACCGUGGCCUUAUCCUGAUCUCCGACGAGUCAGCAAGGCAUUCUAUUUACUUCGCGCCUCCACUUUUCAAUUUAACGUAAUCGGUGAAACAUGCGACAUCGUGGUAGACGCGAUAGAAAGGUACAAAGCAAUUAUCCUGACGGAAGCAAGAAUAGCGAGGAUCUAUUCGCAAGGGCAUCCAGAAUUAUCGAGAAACAAUGACACAGCCAAAGGUACUCUCAGUGCUUUGAACAUUCAUUUAGGGGAACCAUGCGAAAAGGAUGGCAACCACUGGCCUCAUUUGCAAAUGAGUGAAUCAUACACUCUUAGCAUUAACGAGACGUCCACCGUCGCUAACCUCGUGGCAGAAUCAGUAUGGGGGAUUCUUCGUGGUCUCGAAACCUUUUCUCAGCUGAUAACACCAGCUGGAGACGGUUCAAACCUGAGGAUCAGAUGUCAAACCAUCGUGGAUCGACCAAAACUACCCCAUCGUGGACUCCUACUGGACACCUCUCGCCAUUACCUGCCUAUCUCCGCCAUUUUGCUGACUCUGGACGCGAUGUCCUUUAACAAAAUGAACGUUUUACACUGGCACAUCGUCGACGAUAACAGUUUCCCUUAUCAGAGCUCCAAGUAUCCGAACUUAUCCGCUAAGGGUGCCUACCAUCCCACGAUGGUUUACACUCUGAACGAUAUCCAGAAGGUUGUAGACUACGCUAGGUUAAGGGGAAUUCGGGUAAUGCCGGAAUUCGAUACUCCAGGACAUACCAGGUCAUGGGGUUUGGCUUAUCCGGACUUAUUGACCACUUGCUACGAUUCCAGAGGAAGGGCUAACGGACAGCUAGGCCCAAUGAAUCCAAUAAACCCAAAUUUGUACGAGUUCUUACGUCACCUGUUCGCCGAGAUAGUUCAAGUAUUUCCGGAUCAAUACGUGCAUCUAGGAGGCGAUGAGGUCCCGUUCAAUUGCUGGAUGAGCAAUCCCGAGAUCAACGCGUACAUGAAGCACCGUAACAUGUCGAGAAACUACGCCCUCCUCGAAGCGGAAUACAUAGCGAAGCUGCUUCAGAUCACCAAUUCGCUGGAGGCAAACACCAUAGUAUGGCAAGAGGUGUUCGAUAACGGUGUGAAAAUGCCGAAUACUACCGCAGUCCACGUGUGGACAGGUGUAUGGGCAAAAGAACUGGAGGAAGCUACCGCGGCCGGACAUCCCGUGUUGCUGUCCGCCUGUUGGUACCUGGAUCACAUCGCAGGCGGUGGAGACUGGAGGAAAUUUUAUAGAUGCGAUCCACUGGCAUUCAAUGGUGCCGCGCAUGUGUCACACUUGAUGCUCGGAGGAGAGGCUUGCAUGUGGGGAGAAUUCGUCGACAAAAACAACGUGCACCCGAGGAUAUGGCCACGAGCUAGCGCAACAGCCGAGCGUCUUUGGAGCAGCGCGAAAUUGGACGAGAACAAGGCUGCUCAAAGGCUCGAGGAACAUUCGUGUCGCAUGAACAGACGUGGAAUUCCGGCACAACCACCGAACGGGCCUGGAUUCUGUGUGAUGUGUUUACCUACGACCGUGUCCACCUUGUCCACCCUGUUGCCCGCUUCCUUGUCCGCCAAAGAUAAUCGUCACGUGUACACCACCCCCGCCACCGUGUCCACCUCCACCACCCUGUGUGACAUACGUUUGCACCAAGAAACUGGUCCCCUGUAUGCCUUGUCCACCACCCACGCCACCACCUUGCUCGCCUUGUCGACCAGUUUGCCGAAAGCCUCAGCCGACAGGAACUCGAAACAGAGGGGAUCCUCUCGACGUCCAAGCGCGUCCAGCUUGCAUUCGAGGCCCAACACAGCUCAUCAAAAGCUGAAACCCGAAAAAUCACCGUCCACGCAGAAUCUAGUAACCCCGGAACCACAGAACUUGUCUAAGACGAUUCAAGUUAGCAAAGCUGUCGAAACAUGUGUUCCGAAGACCAGAUUCAGCUCUCAGGAUAGAUGCAGAGAGCUGAGAUCGUAUUCAUCGCCGAGGCUGAAAUAUUUCCCUGCCGAGAGAAUCAAGAGGUUUGAGAGUCCUCCGGGCACCCCAAUCGGUGCACUAAUUGCACAACAAAAUCUCCAUGAAUCUGGUAGCUAUUAUGCUGCUGGCCAUCCGGAAUACAACAAUGGACAGGGUGAUGCAACGACAGCAAGUCAAUCUUUGCAUCAGCAUCGACCACCUCAGCAUGUGCAGAGCGUUGGUCAGCAACAGGUAGCUGGUAAUCAAGUUGCUCAGAUGAAUCCUCACUCGGAUCCCACUUUACCGCAACAGAUCCUCAGUCAAUCUCAUCGUCCCUUCGUUCCACAUGGGCCCCGGGAUCAUUCUCCCCAGAAAACAAUCGCAAAUGUUCACAAUUCUCAUUCAGCUUAUCAUAAUCCAUCUUGCGCGAUGACGACACCACAGCCUGUCGCUUCCAUGAUGGAGCAAGAGAGAAACACAUCAGAAGAGCCCACCAUAACCCAUCCGCCUGAUUACGAGAGACAACCGAUCGGUGGUCGAAACGCGGCUAACUACAGGCAGGCGAUAAACAAACAACAGAUACAACUGCAAUCACAAAUGUCUAUGGAUCCCAAUGCGUCCAAUUUGACGCCCAGUGAUCAUCAGCAGCUGCAAAAUCAUUACUCGAGACACGGUCAAUUUUCUCAGAAUCCUCAACAAGUGUAUCAGCAGAUGCAACAGAAUAUGCAACAGCAGAUGCAGAUGCAACAGCGAGCCAUGACCUAUCAGAUGCAAGCGAUGGGUGGGCAAGGUCAAGGUCCUUAUGCGGUUCAAUAUGGGAGAUACUUCCCUGGACAGGGUAUGACGACUCCUCAGGAUGCAACUGUUAACCAGAUGAAGAACCUACGUACUGGACAAUCAUACGGUAACCAAGGGCAUCAGAGGGAUCUUGAUUACUCCAUGAAUCAUCAAAAUGGAUGGGCAAAAGGCAAUCAAGUAGGUGAGUUCUCGAGCAUCAAGGCUCAAUUGAACCCUUACACCGUAGAAGUGACGAAUAACAAUCAACCACAUCAUGGGACACAUCCCUAUCAUCAUGCAGUGCAUCAGCAUCGACCACUGUACAAAAAUCCUGGACAAGGUACUCCAAUGAUGUACCAUCAGCCAGGUUUCGAUCAACAAAUCCCUGCAAAUCAACAAAUGCCUCAACAACCACCUACAGAGAACAAUCAAGUCCCUAAAAAUGACAACAAGAAGUCUCCGCCGUUCACUCAUAGUAUGCUACGGGAUCAAGAGAAGCUGUUGAACACCAUGAAGCAACAAGGAGUACCACUGGACAUCAUGAGGAGACAGUUCGACAUAUUGCUAAACGAGCAAAAGAAACACCUGGAGUACCUGGAGUGUCUUUGGCGACAGGACGAAGAAGAAGUUAGGAGAUUACCGGUUAUUAAUCGAAAAAAAAGGAACAUCGAUGAGAAACCUGAAUGGAUGACUCAUUUAACACCCACGCGGAUGUCCUAUUUGGAGAUGGAGAGAUUGAGGGAGCAGCAGAAGAAGGAACAAGAAGCUCGGUUGCAACAACAAAACGCAAACGAGAUGGUUAAUCAACAGCCUCCACUUCAGCUUCAGAACCAACAGAUUUCUCAGCUUCAGAGCCAGCAGAUUCAUCAGAUUCAGAACCAACAGGCUCCUCCUCAGCUUCAAAACCAGCAGAUUCCUCAGCUUCAGAACCAACAGGCUCCUCCUCAGCUUCAGAAUCAACAGCCUUAUCAAUUAUGGCAGCCUAACUGGCAGCAGUCAAGGAUUUCUCAACCCUAUAACCACAUGUACCCUCAACCCUACAUGAAUCAAGGUCCAAUGAACUAUCGACACCAGCAGAGUAUGCCAGAUUACCGGUACGCUCAUCAGCAAUACAAUCAUCAACAUCAACAACAGCACUACCAGUACGUUCCACAGCAGAAUCAAGAAGAAAUUCAGCAAACCAAUGGCUACUCAGGAUACCAAGAUGUCAGGCAACCAACAGAACCAUCGAGUUUGAUGAAGAUCCGUCACUACAAGAACCAUGUUCGUACUCAGAAGCGCAACAACGGACUGCAGGAUCCUGAAGUGGCUCGUAGACAACUGGAAGAACUGAGGGCCAACAGCGAAUUGAGGAAGGGACUCGAGUACCUGGCCAAUUUCGCCCCUAAGAAAGCUACAUUCCGACUAAACGGUAUCCAGGAUCGCAAUGAAACGGAUACCGAGAUCCAGAAUCGUCUUCCGGUACUCAACGCUGAACCAGCCGUCAAAAGAGUAUCAGCGAAUGGUUUAGAGAACAGUAGGAUCGCGAACAACCCUCCUCCCCAACGACUGUCGCCCCUGAAUAAGCUGGAACACGAAUUCGCGAAGGAAUAUCCUAGACAGAGAGAGCCGACACCUAGAAACUGUUACAGUGUCCCAGCUGAAAGGGAAAAUGGUACCAUGGCCAGUGAACAGCAGCCACAAUACCUUCCACAGCAACUUCCUGUAGAAAAUUCAGCAAAUUUGAUUUCUUACGACAAGAACCCUACGAUGGCUCGAGGGAACGUGAUAAUGCCCUAUAAAUUUGAUGUCAAUUACCCUCAGCAUUAUCAACAAAUGCAACAGUACUAUCAGAACACCAAGAACCUGACCGGGAACAAUGGCGAAGGUGACGUGGGGGUGUCUCAGAAAAUAGAAAUGAACAGAAAGAAUUUCGAACGAGCUGGUGGGGAUGCUUACGAGAAUAUGAACGGUCAAGUGAUGCAGGAGGGGAAGAUUCCUAUGCAAGGGAUGCAGCAAUACGGUCAACCUGAUAUGCACGAAGCAAGGACUAUAGGGGGUGUUAGGUACCUGGCGAGGAAACAGGAUUAUCUGCCCAACCAACAAAUCGUGUCACCGGAAACUCUGAUUGCGAGCAGACACCUGCAACCCCCUAUUAUUUAUUGAUUUUAUUUUUCAGAUGUUUUUACAUGUUUUGAUAGUAGUGUUUUUUCGUAGCUGUAUAUGGUGAAGGCGUUUGUUUGAUACAAGUGUAAUUUGUAGCCAGCUGGGUUCUUUGAAUCGAAAGAUUGUGAAUCUGGAAGAUUCAGAGGACGUGGCUUGGAUUUUUUGUAUUUUUCAUUAAUAAAAUGAUGUCUUCUGAA